GUAGAGCACGUGAACCAUGAAACAGAGGAUGCUAUGGUCAUUGCAGCUGCUUAACCUCUUUAAGUUUUGGACCGUCACAAGAUUAAAUUAAUUAAACCAAAGCUUUGAAUCAAAACAACUGAUGAACUAAUCCACAGAGAGGAAGACACUACAACUAGAAGUACAAUCCGAGCUUCAGGAGUGAAGAGUGCACAGAGUGUGAGAGAAUAGAGACAGAGCUUCAAUGAGGAAACAGGGUUGUGAGAUAGAAGCAGUAGGCAUCAACUACAAGAUCUACACACAUAAAAGGAGAUACACAUUUAAGAUCUUCAACAGAUAUGAGCAACAACCAGAGAAAGGAGAUGAUGAAGAGUGCGAUGAACUAACGAAGGCCAAGCAAACAAGACCCAGAUGCCGGCAUGUUCUGAAGGACGUAAACUGCAGAGCCAAGCCGUGGGAGGUUCUAGCUGUCGUCGGCCCAAGUGGUGCCGGCAAGUCUACACUCCUAGAGAUCCUCGCCGGCAAGCUCACGCCUCAGACGUCUUCAAUCUUUGUCAAUCAGAAACCCUUCGACAGAGCUCGUUUCAAGAAGAUAUCGGGCUAUGUAACACAGAAGGAUACUCUCUUUCCCCUCCUCACCGUGGAGGAGACACUCAUGUUCAGUGCCAAGCUCCGGCUGAGGCUGCCGCAUUCACAUCUGAGCUCCAGAGUGAAGUCGUUGAUGGAGGAGCUGGGUCUGAGCCAUGUUGCAGGGGCCCGGAUAGGCGAUGACCGGCUUCGUGGCAUCUCGGGUGGUGAGAAGCGACGUGUGUCGAUCGGCGUAGAUGUGAUACAUGACCCCAAAGUGUUGAUCCUUGAUGAGCCCACGUCGGGGCUCGACAGCACGUCGGCUCUGCAAAUCAUUGAUAUGCUGAAGGCCAUGGCUGAGACGAGGGGAAGGACGAUUAUUCUGAGUAUUCAUCAGCCCGGGUUGCGAAUUGUGAAGCUCUUCAAUUCGGUUCUUUUGCUGGCUGAUGGCUCUGUUUUGCACCAUGGCACUGUUGAUCAGCUGAGCAUAUAUCUGAGGUCCAUGGGUCUGCAACUCCCUCUUCAGGUUAAUGUGGUUGAAUUUGCUAUAGAUGCCAUUGAAGCCCUUCAGCAGCAACCAGAAGUACAGCAAGAACUACCACAAUUGCCACAACCACCGACAACGCAACAGCACAAGAGAGGGGAUGAAGGUGAGGUUAGAAGCGGUAAGUUCACUCUGCAACAGCUCUUUCAACAAUCUAAGGUAGCUGAUGAAGAAAUCGUUAAUGGUGGGACUGAUCUUCCCUGCGGUUUUGCUAAUUCUAGACUAGGAGAAACCAUUCUUCUCACCCAUAGGUUCUCAAAGAACAUUUUUCGAAGCAAGGAGAUCUUUGCUUGUAGGACAAUUCAGAUGUUGAUUGCAGGGUUGGUUUUGGGUUCAAUCUUUUACAAGCUGAAGGAUGAUUUGAUGGGUGCUGAAGAAAGAGUAGGUCUGUUUGCAUUUACUCUGACAUUUCUGUUAUCUUCCACCACGGAAGCUCUCCCCAUUUUCCUGCAAGAGAGGGAGAUUCUGAUGAGGGAGAGCUCCUCUGGUAGCUAUAGGAUCUCAUCUUACGCCAUUGCUAAUGGGCUUGUCUUCCUGCCUUUUCUGCUCAUCCUGGCCCUGUUAUUUUCCAUUCCAUUAUACUGGCUUGUGGGUCUCAACCAGAAUUUCACAGCAUUCAUGUAUUUCCUGGUACUGAUUUGGUUGAUUCUCUACACAGCGAAUUCAGUUGUGGUUUGUUUCAGCGCCCUUGUGCCAAACUUCAUCAUUGGGAACUCAGUGGUGUCGGGCGUGAUGGGAUCGUUCUUUCUGUUUUCUGGGUAUUUCAUAUCCAAGGAUGAGAUUCCAAAUUUCUGGAUUUUCAUGCAUUAUAUAUCACUUUUCAAGUAUCCUUUUGAAGGGUUCCUGCUAAAUGAGUUCUCUGGUUCAGGGAAGUGCCUGGAUUAUAUGUUUGGUACUUGUGUGAUUAGUGGAGAGGAUGUUCUUAGAGAAGAAGGGUUUGAAGAGGACAGUAAAUGGAGGAACAUCAUGCUCAUUAUUUGCUUCAUCUUGGUUUACAGAUUCAUUGCUUAUGUCAUCCUCAGAUGCAGGUGCUCCCGGAGGAGUCUCAAGGAAAGACUGGUUUGAUCUCUCUCUCUCUCUCUCUCUGUAAAUAUUUCUGUCCACAAGUUUGGAAUUUACACAGAGCAGUUUGGAAAACAAGUCUCAUAUCAAUAAACAGGAAAUGUAAUAAGAACAGAAUUACAAACAUUUGUUUAAUCCUAACAUCUCUCUUAUCAUUUUUCUUGUGAAACAAAGACAAAUGAAGUUUUGAUACAUCAUAUCAGAGCAUUGGCGAUCAACUGUGCAUGAGAAUUGUUUUAUGAUGCUUUUGUCUUCCAUUGGAUA